AGGUUCGUGGGACGGCGGUGUGGUGAUGGGCCGGAGGAAAGUGCUGGGUGCUGGCUCCCUCGGCCGGGCGCUUAUCCGCCAUCAGACUCAGCGGAGCCGUAGCCACCGUCACACCGACUCCUGGUUGCACACAAGUGAACUCAAUGAUGGCUAUGAUUGGGGUCGUCUUAAUCUGCAGUCGGUGACUGAACAGAGCUCCCUUGAUGAUUUCCUUGCAACUGCAGAACUUGCAGGGACAGAGUUUGUAGCUGAGAAGCUUAACAUUAAGUUUGUGCAUCCUGAGGCUAGAACUGGACUGCUGUCUUUUGAGGAGAGCCAGAGAAUUAAGAAACUCCAUGAAAAAAACAAACAGUUCUUGUGUAUACCACGGAGACCAAAAUGGAACAAAAAAACUAGCCCAGAAGAACUCAAACAGGCAGAGAAAGAUAACUUUCUAGAAUGGAGACGUCAACUUGUCCGGCUAGAAGAGGAACAAAAGCUGAUACUGACUCCAUUUGAAAGAAAUUUGGAUUUUUGGCGCCAGCUCUGGAGGGUGAUUGAGAGAAGUGAUAUUGUGGUCCAGAUAGUAGAUGCUCGAAAUCCGCUUCUCUUUAGAUGUGAGGAUUUGGAAUGUUAUGUGAAAGAAAUAGAUGAUGAUAAGGAGAACGUCAUUCUGAUAAAUAAGGCAGACUUGUUGACUGCUGAGCAGCGGAGUGCGUGGGCCACAUACUUUGAAAAAGAAGAUGUGAAGGUUAUUUUCUGGUCAGCUUUGGCUGAAGCCAUUCAACUGAUUGGUGACCCUAAGGAACAAGUAAAUGGAAAUGCUGAAGAAGCCAACACAACUGAGUUUGAAAACUCCAGUUGCAAUGAGGCUGAAAUUCCACGUGAUGAGACUGAACAUCUUCUAGGCAGAGAUUCUCUCUCACGUAGUGAAGUAGCCACUAGUGAUGAAGACGACAGUGAGUAUGAGGACUGUCAGGAGGAGGAGGAGGAAGAUUGGCAGACGUGUUCAGAAGAGGACAGCACCCCUGAGGAAGAGGCUGGUGGCCAGGACUGGAAAGAAAGCCGUACUGUGGAUUCUGAGGCUCCGGGCAGGAGCACCCUGCAGAAGAGGCAGACACGCAAUUUUAGCCACCUGGUAUCGAAGCAGGAAUUAUUGGAGAUCUUUAAGGAGCUACACACUGGGAAGAAGGUGAAAGAUGGGCAACUUACUGUUGGACUGGUGGGCUACCCAAAUGUUGGUAAGAGUUCAACUAUCAACACCAUCAUGGGCAACAAGAAAGUGUCCGUGUCUGCUACUCCUGGUCACACCAAGCAUUUUCAGACUCUCUAUGUGGAACCUGGCCUCUGCUUAUGUGACUGCCCAGGUCUGGUGAUGCCGUCCUUUGUCUCUACCAAGGCAGAGAUGACUUGCAAUGGAAUCCUCCCAAUUGACCAGAUGAGAGAUCACGUCCCACCUGUGUCACUUGUUUGCCAGAAUAUUCCGAGAUAUGUUUUAGAAGCUACCUAUGGCAUUAGUAUCAUAAAGCCUAGAGAGGAUGAAGAUCCCCAUCGACCUCCAACAUCAGAAGAACUGUUGACAGCUUAUGGAUAUAUGCGAGGAUUCAUGACGGCCCAUGGGCAGCCAGACCAACCUCGAUCUGCACGCUACAUCCUGAAGGAUUAUGUCAAUGGUAAACUUCUGUACUGUCAUCCUCCUCCUGAAAUAGAUCCCGUGACCUUUCAGCAUCAGCACCAGCGACUCCUAGAGAACAAAACGAAUGGUGGUGAAAUCAAAAUGCAGCCAGGUGGAAAUAAACAGGCAAAACAGAUUGAAAAUGUAGUUGACAAAACAUUUUUCCAUCAAGAAAAUGUGAGGGCUUUGACCAAAGGAGUCCAGGCUGUGAUGGGCUACAAGCCGGGGAGUGGCCUGGUCACUGCCCCUACUGUGAGCUCUGAGAGCGGGGCUGGGAAGCCCUGGAAAAAACAUGGUAACAGAAAUAAAAAGGAGAAAAGUCGUAGACUCUACAAGCACCUGGAUACGUGAACUUGGGCUGCAGCAGAAAUGGCCUCUGCGUUGUGCAUCUGGACAAGAACAGGAGCUGCCCGUUGCCUGUGGUGCUGUAGAGUGGACCCUGCCCUUGGGCGCACAGCCAUACCCAGCAGUCAGGAUCAAGUCACGCUCCUCAGAGCACCAACUCUGACUGACGUCGUCAUCUGGGAGCCCCAGAAAAGAUGAGGGAAUGAAUAAUGUGUAUUUGUUGGUGUAAACAUAUACACAAAUGCAUACUGAUUGGUAUGUUGGGGAUUUUUUGAAAAAACAUUAAAAUUUAAUUGCCAUU